UUUUAUUAAUAAAUCUUACUAUAGAUGAUAACACUCGUGUAUGCAUGUAGCACACACAUUUGUAUGCUGUUGUGUUUUUAAAAAUAAUUUAUUUACUUCAAUACCGUGCAUAUAGUAAAACAUAAUACAAAUGGAUAUUCAAUAUAAAACAAUUCAUCCUGUGAAACACUUGCAGGAUCAUUUUGUGCAAGAUAUUCGACCAGAUGGUAGGAAAUUCCUGUCCUUUCGACCAAUAAGUAUUAAUGUUUCAUCAAUUGUUCAGGCAGAUAGUUCAGCAAUAUUCAAAUUGGGUAGUACAACUGUGGUUUGUGGUAUUAAAGCGGAAUUAGCAAUACCAAAAACAGAUACUCCAGAAUGUGGCUAUAUAAUACCAAAUGUUGAGUUAUCUCCACUAUGUUCUCCAAAGUUUCGUCCAGGUCCACCAAGUGAGCAAGCACAGGUGAUUUCUAAACUAAUAGAUAUAAUAUUAAAAAAUUCCACUGCAAUUGAUUUAAAGGACCUUUGCAUCUGUAAAAGAAAAUUGGUAUGGGUUUUAUAUUGCGACAUGCUAUGUUUAAAUUAUAAUGGCUCAGUCAUAGAUGCUUGCACAGGUGCAUUGACUGCAGCUCUCAAAACAUUAACUCUACCUGAAGUAAAUUAUAAUUUAGAAACAGGAGUCACUGUUGUGCAUCCAAAAAAGAGAAAGCCAUUUGUUAUGAAAAUGUUGCCAGUAUCCAUAUCAUUUGCAAUAUUUGAGAAACAAAUGUUAAUUGUUGAUCCUACGGAUGAAGAGGAAAGUUUAUCAUUAGGAAGAUUAUCUGUUGUGAUGGAUAGUGAAGAAGAAAUUUGUUAUGUGCAUAAACCAGGUGGUAUUCCAAUAUCACAACAUUUAUUUUCCAAGGCAGUAGAAAUAGCAAAAACCAGAGCAGAUCUAGUUCGAUCAUUGAUUCAUGCUGCUAUUUCAACAUUGAAAGUUGAAACAAAUAUUUGAUACUUUUAAAAAUAAAAUAUUUUAUUACUAUGUGUGUUAUUUCUAACAUCAGAUAUGUAAAAAUUAAAAGUAAUAUUAUAUAAGUGAUACUGGCAGGCUUUGAGAAUUAUCCAUAUUUAAUUUUUAACAA